AUGGCAAAUACAAUGUUGCUGAUUGACGAAACACAGUUGGCCAGAGUGUUGACUUUAUUUGAUUUGACGGCGCUCGGUGUGGGCAGUACAUUGAGCUUGGGUGUAUACGUUUUGGCCAGUUCAGAUGCUUACGAUGCAGCCGGACCAGCCGUAACCAUUUCAUUUUUAAUUGCUGCCAUUGCAGCCGGUAUUUCGGCUAUUUGUUAUGCAGAGUUUGCUUCACGUGUACCCAAGGCUGGUUCGGUGUACAUUUACACUUAUUUAACUGUAGGCGAAUUUUUGGCAUUCACAAUUGGGUGGAAUUUAAUUCUCGAAUAUAUAAUUGGAGCAUCAAGCGCUGCCCGCGGUCUGAGUGUUUAUCUCGAUGCAUUGAUGUCUACAUUCUUCCAAAAUUUGCUUCCGAUGAAUGUGGACUUUUUAGCACCAUAUCCAGACUUCUUUUCAUUUGCUAUCGUUGCGCUGCUGGCAAUUUUGCUCGCAUUCGGCGUUAAAGAAUCAAGCAUUUUAAACAACAUAUUCACCAUCGUCAAUUUAGCCACGGUUAUUCUUGUCAUUGUAUCCGGCAUUAUAAAAGCAAAUCCGUCUAAUUGGUCGAUCAGCAAAGAAGACAUUCCGG